GUGGGAGGUCGGAGGUCGGGCAUUUCCAGAACGUCCGACCCCCGCGGUUGUGGAGAUGGGGGUCUGUCGUUUGGAGAAGGGAGGAUCCACGAUCCUUGACGACGCGAGGGGGGGGGCGUCGGCUCCUCGCGCGAAGUGCUUUUGUUUGUUCCUCAUGUUUUCUUUGCUUGUGCGUUUCCUUUGUUUGUACCCUCUAGGUCAACCUGCUGCUUCGACCUCUCGGGCAUACAGCAGGUCAAAGAUCUACAACAACAAACCAUGGGCUCUAGACUGGGUUGGUGGUCUGCAUAAGCCUGGGUGUGGGGCCGUCGUCUUCUUGAGCGACGACAAUGGUGCGACGUGGUACUGCUGUGGGGGUGUUGAGAAAUCUGAGAGCGCCAGGAAUACCUACGACGGGAGGUCGUUCAGGACCUUCUUUCUUACGUCAGUUUUCGACAAGGAUGGGACAAAUUGGGUCAAGGAAGACAAGAAGGUCGGCCUUGACUUGCGGCUCUUUCAAGGCUACGACGUCAAGGCUUUCUCCAUGAAAGCGUUUGACGUGCGCGGGGACGGCGCCGAGCUUCACAUGCUCACUGCGGAACAAUUCCUCAGUAGAACGAACGGCUACCGCGUCACUGGCUGCCUUCCUGUCGUUGACAGUUCCUUGGAGCUCACCAAACCCUUGGUGAAAUUCAGCAGCCCGGCGGACCAACUACCAGGUGUUGUUAAGGAGUACAGGGAAGCCUUCUCGAGGCUGCCUCUGGACCAGCUGACUGCGCUUUCGUGCCCUUUGUCACGAGCUCGAGGAAAUCGCGACAGACGUCAUCCGCACCGGUUGGGAAGAGGAAACAGUUGGUUGCUUGUCCAGCUCCGCCUUUGCCAGCCACGUCGCCCUCGCCCUUGCCCGCGUGUCCAGGAAGGUGCGACUGCCCUGAUUGAGCGAAAUGAGGAUGAAGAAGAUGGGGGAAGCUGCGGUUAUGGCGGUGAUGACGAGUACAUGGACGUUGGGGAUGAGAACAUGCAGGACCAGAACAUGCUUGGCGAUGACGACGUCGGUGUCACGUCGGAGCAUGGCCCUGGCGACAUCCCCGUCGGUUCUGUGGGAGCCGCGGUUGGUCGGCCCUUGUCGUCCCCUGCGAUAUGGCAUUCGCAAGGCGGGAGUCAGGGUGGGCAUGACUCGCAGGAGCACGGAGGAUCAAAGUCGAGGAAAAGGACAAGAGAAACUUCUCCUUCUGCUUCCGCUCACAAGAGACAAUCGAGGACUGACGUUGUUAAUGAGGCUCGUGGAGCUUUGAUAGCAUCCCAGGAGGCGAGACCUCCUCGGAAGAGCAGCCAGGGGGGGAGAUCUGGCGGUCAUGGCGGCGGCCGUGGUGGAGCAAGAAAAGGUAAGCAGGUAGUGAGGGCAAAAGAACUGCAGGACUCGGGGGAUGAGGGCGAGGGAGUGGGCCCUCGCAUGCCCGACGAUGGUGAUGAACCGCUUCAGCACGCUGCGCCCAUCGACAUGAUGCGUUGUUUCUUCCUCGAGUACGACGAGCGGGGUUUUGCUAAGCAAAAAGUCUUUCCUGUUCUUGUGGACGUCAUGAAAAUCAAACGCAUUCCCUGCGGGAAUAUUCUUUUCAACCACCGCUCUUUGUCUGCGAACAUUGUGCGAGGCAUCGAGAAUGCCAUCGAGAGUUCCAUCACCACGGAACCGAGGGCGUGGGAUAGGCCUGAGCUCGUGCUUGCGCCGGUUGACCGCAACGAAAUCGUCGGCAGGCAGGGAAGGCGGAUAACACCGACCGAAUUCUUCGAAAAAGACUCCUCGGAGUUCGAUUGGUAUGCAGUCUGUGGUCAGCAUACGGUCGAGGCGAUGAAGACAUUGGUGAAAAAGGGCUCUCCGACAGUCGACGUCUAUGGUCUUCGCACGUACUCUAAGAGGGAAGUUGCACUGCUCCUACUCAUGAAAGGGAAGGUGGUCGCGACGAACGUUAAGGUCAUGCCUCCGAGAGUGAAUACGGAGUGCCUCCUCGACAUCAUGCGCAAGGAACGCUACAUGGUCCGUAUGUUCAACUACGUUGUUUUCCGCGCCGAGGGAAGGGCGGACGAUGAAUGGAAUGAUGCCUUCUUCAUGUCAUACAAGGACCUCGAAGACAAGUAUGGCCCGAACGGUCUGUGCGCAGCUGAAUGGGAGAAGGAACGGGACAAGCUGCAUGUCAGCAAAGUGAAGACGGUCCCUCGACGGCUUGGAGGGGUGGAGGAGGCAAGGCAAGGAUCUGGUUUGGGCCCUACGGCGGCAAUGUAUAAGGAGGCUCCGUUCCACUUUAAGGUGCAAAGUGACGUUCUGCGAUGCUUAUUCCGGUGGGAGGACAUCGAACUCAUCCUCGGGACCUGGAAAAGGGUGGACAGGUCAUCGAAUGACAUCACGAAGUAUGACAAUAUCGCUACGGCAAGUCGAGACAUGAUUGCCAUUGUCCUGCACGUGGAGGGAGGGGAUCUCAGAAAGGUCACGAUCGCACCCCACCUUAGCAAUGACCUCACAAACGUGCAUGUUGUGGAGGAGAAGUUUGGGAAGUAUCUGGGGAAACACGGUGGCAUAGAGGGCGAUGAAAGUGUGGUGUAUUCCAUAUGGGAGCGAGAGCCUGGCAAGUUGCGUCCGUUGUGCGGGUCGUUCGUCGGGGAGGCGGAAGGUGUGCUUUUAUUGGGUAGGGCGCACGCGGGUCUUGUGUGGGAAUUCUUACUGGCAGGGAAUAAUGUCAUUGCCUGUAACGAGUUGGUGAAGGACAUUGCAUAUUUGACAAAGUUCAUCGCUAUACUUGUCAAGGACGACAGAUUCAACUGCCACGUCGAGAAACCGCGUUGCAAACAUCGCCCGAACAGGGACAUGUUCCACAAGUUGGGGCGUAAGAGACUGAAGGUGUGGGAGUACCUGUUCCGCGAUAUGCCACAAGGACGGCUUGACGGGAAAUAUAUAUACAGGAAAGCAAAGGCAACAGAGACCCUCAAACAUUAUCACGCUCACGAUGACAGAACUGUCCAUUCACAUGGAGGGUCCAUCCCGAUGGCCGCCCCAAGCGUCGCCUCAAUGGUGGCCCCGUCGGAGACUGCUGCAUUGCAAGACAUUGGAAGAUGUGGUGACAAUGAAGAAGACGACAUUGAGAUACCAGGGCAGAGCGAGGCCUCCAUCAAAGCCAAGGUCGAAAAAUUGUUUCAUGUCUUGCACGACAAUCGGCAACUGGAGUACAACAACAAAUUUUAUGCCCUGCGCUCGAGUCCCUCACGCAUGUCAAUCAACUGGAAGGUUGAUCAAACCGCCAGAACCUUGGAGGGGAGCUGCUCUCAUGAUUUCAUGCCUUCGGCUGAGCCAGCCUCCGUGGCCGCGCAAGCAGGGCAUAGGGGAGAUGACGGGACUACUGUUGUCGGGCCUCAAGAGGUUGACAUCACGUCUAAGCCGCAAAUAUCGGAAAAAUCCAUCUCGGUCGCCGCGGCACAAUCGUCCCCACCCAUCGAUGUGUCAACGACGUUGCCUUCGGAUGCAGGUGCCACGUACGGGAGUUUAUUGAUAACAAAUGCUGCAAUGCAAGGCAGAUCCAAGAUCGAGUCAGAGUCUGAUGUUUGGCCGAGCGUGGCGGAGAGUCAGCUGCAACCGUCUUUAUGCACUGGCAAAGGUGAUGCACAAUCACCGCUGACACCACAGGGAGGGGCCGGUGGGGAUGGCGGGAAGGGAGGGGAUGUGGAGAGAAUGCACCGUUCUCGCAACCUCGACACCUUAACCGCUGAUAUUGAUUAAAAGGGUGAGGGUGGGUGAGGCGGGAGGGGUGCAAUUGGAGGGGGAGAAUCCAGUGAUAUGAUUACAACUUCACCUCUGCCUUGUUGAACGAAAUUGUGUAAUUGACUUGGUUCAUUGUUUUGUUUAAAACAGAAUUCGUAUUAGUCUCUGUGGGCACCACUUCUACAUCGUUUUUCCAUUGAUGGUUUUUGUUUUUUUUUUCACCUCAAAUUUUUAAUAGACCUGAGAUGUUUAGAUUGACUACCCGUCUCGACGUGCAGUAACAAAUCAUGGUGGGAGCG